AUGUUCUCCUCUGUCUCUGUUCUCCUGCAGCAGCAGUUAUACCUCCUCCCUCUGCUCCACACCUCCUCCACAUCUCCAAACCUCCUCCCUCUACUCCAGACCUCCUCCCUCUCAUCCACACCUCCUCCCUCUGCUCCAACCCUCCUCCCUCUGCUCCACCCUCUGCUCUACACCUCCUCCCUCUGCUCCAGACCUCCUCCUUCUUAUCCACACCUCCCCCCUAUGCUCCACACCUCCCUCUCUUCCACACCUCCUACCUCUGCUCCUCACCUCCGCCCUCUGCUCCUCACCUCCUACCUCUGCUCCACACCUCCUACCUCUGCUCCUCACCUCCUCAACACCCCCAGCCCCCCUCUGCUCUACACCUCCUGA